AUGUCCGCCUACGUCCUCCCCUUCGAUCCCCAAUCACCCACAACCACCGCCACCGGCGUCGACCCAGCCCAGCUCUGGUCUCUGACGCCCCAGGGCGAGAAACCAGCGAAGGCAGGCACCACUCGCACGUUCUUCAACACCCCAGCAUCGAAGGUGACGACGCUUGCGACGCUUGGGGAGGGUUUUGCGGCGAAGAAGGCGGGUGUGAAAAGGGAGAUUGUUAGGAAAUCGGUGGGGAAUGCUGUCAAGGAGUUGAAGGGCUAUGAGGGGCUCAAGGACGUCGCUAUCGAUGCCUCGGCGGACCCGCAUGCUGCUGCCGUCGCUGCCCACCUAGCACUCUACAAGUUCACCCUCAAAACAUCCCCGCCCUCACGAUUCAAUCCCAACCUGGCCGAACCGAUCCCGGAGAAACUCACGUUCACACCUCUCCAAGAAUCCAAGGAAUGGGACCGUGGUGUCGUCUACGCCCAAUCCCAGAACCUUGCCCGCACGCUCAUGGAGCUGCCUGCGAACAUGAUGACACCCACAGCUUUCUGCGACCGCGUCAAGAAAGAGUUUGAGGAGAUUCCGAACGUUGAGAUCAUUGUUCGUGACGAAGUAUGGGCCGCUGAGAAGAACAUGAACGUCUUCCUCUCUGUCACACACGGAACGUCCGAACCAGCCAAGUUCCUCGAAAUCCACUACAAGGGCGCCGCGAAUAAGGACGAGCAGCCGCUCGCGUUCGUGGGCAAGGGUAUCACGUUCGACUCUGGAGGGAUCAGCUUGAAGCCCGGUGCGGGCAUGAAGCUCAUGCGAGGAGAUAUGGGCGGUGCUGCGACCGUCGUCUCAGCUGCACUUGCCAUCGCAAAGCUCCAACUCCCCGUCAACCUCGUCGUCAGCACACCGCUAACGGAGAACAUGCCGGGGCCGAGUGCGACUAAGCCUGGGGAUAUCGUCUACGCGAUGAACGGCAAGUCCGUCGAGGUCGACAACACGGACGCCGAGGGCCGGCUCGUCCUCUCCGAUGCGAUAUACUACACUGCGACCGAGUACAAGCCGCACACGCUUAUUGACGUCGCUACGCUUACUGGCGCGGUGGUCAUCGCCCUAGGCGAAGUCUACUCGGGCGUCUUCUCAACCUCGGACGAGCUCUGGGAGCAGCUGCACGGCGCAGGCGAGAGCGAGUACGACCGCUUCUGGCGCAUGCCGCUCGACGAGGACUUUGGGCCGCAGAUUUAUUCGUCGAACGCUGACUUGCAGAAUACCGGAGGCAGACCAGCAGGCUCGUGCACCGCCGCCCUCUUCCUCAAGCCUUUCGCGGAGGGCAGCGAGGGCAAAGACGGCGAGGACCCGACGAUGAAGUGGGCCCAUAUCGAUAUUGCGGGCAGCAUGGAGGCUACGCGGCCUACGCCGUACCAGGAGAAGGGAAUGACGGGUCGUCCUGUUCGGGCCCUGGUGGAGUAUGUUCGUCGUCUUUCGAACGCCUAG